AUGAAGGAGGUCCUCAACCCAGAGGACGUCCGGGUCUCCAGGCCAAUGAAAACCGCAGAAGUGCGGAUUGCUGGCCUGGACGACUCCGUGACCUCUGAGGAGGUGGCGGCGGCCGUUGCUCGUGGCGGAGAGGACUCGAGGCCGGUGCAGCGGCAGAUAGCGCAGCGCCGAGCAGAGCUCCGUCAGGUCUUGGUGGCGGAAUGGCGGCAGAGGCUUCUGCGCCCUACCGCCGGCCUCGCCACCGUCGAGGCGAUCCGGCCAGUGCUCGACGACUGGCUCGGGAGAAGGCACGGCUCCCUGUCGUUCAGGGUGACGCAGGUGCUGUCGGGGCACGGCUGCUUCGGCAAGUACCUGUGUCGCAUAGGCAGGGAGCCGGACGCUCGGUGCCACCACUGCGUCCAUGGCGGGGAGGACACGGCGCAACACACGUUCGUUCAGUGUGUUGCUUGGGAGGAGCAGCGCCGUGUCCUCACAAAUGAAGUAGGAGGCGAUCUGUCGCUGCCGGCCGUGGUACGGAAGAUGGUCGGCAGCGCAGAGUCGUGGGACGCAGUGGUGUCCUUCUGCGAGGACGUGAUGUCGCAGAAGGAAGCUGCGGAACGGGAGAGGGAGAUUUCAACUGCCGAUCCCGCCCGCAGCAGGCGCUCCGGGCGCCGGAGGAGGGCAGACAACGCCCUCUUCCGCCCCCCAUGAACGGGUCCAGGGGCGAAGGACUUGGGGAAGUCCCCGCCCCCUAUUCAACGGACCCGAGGCGGAGGCGCGCGCGGGUGUCGACGCGCGCCUCUGAGGCGUUGCACGGGGGAGUUUAACACCUCACCCCCCCGUGCCCGAGGCGAGGCCCGCAAGGCGGGCCAGCACCAGUGCGGGGCUGCGGAAGAAUUUGGAUUCCCGCGGCCCCGCGCCCACGUGUAAGGAGGACACAGGGGGGUUUUAGCCGGUAAGAGUCCGGCACACCCCUCCGCCUCUCCCCAGGCGGAGGAAGUCCAUGAGGAUUUCCCCCCGAGAAAAAAAAAAAAAAGGUUAGGUUAGGUUAGGUUAGGUUAGGUUAGGUUAGGUUAGGUUAGGUUAGGUUAGGUUAGGUUAGGUUAGGUUAGGUUAGGUUAGGUUAGGUUAGGUUAGGUUAGGUUAGGUUAGGUUAGGUUAGGUUAGGUUAGGUUAGGUUAGGUUAGGUUAGGUUAGGUUAGGUUAGGUUAGGUUAGGUUAGGUUAGGUUAGGUUAGGUUAGGUUAGGUUAGGUUAGGUUAGGUUAGGUUAGGUUAGGUUAGGUUAGGUUGGGGUGCCUGUCAGAAAACCUCCCCGUGUGCUCGGCAACUGCUGGUCCCUGUGGACACGUCCUAAGGGAAGAGCAGUCACCGGGCCGGUGCACCCUGGGCACGGACAAUAAUCUCUUCGCGGGGGGUGGGAUAGAGGAGAUUGUUGUCCGUGGCUAAUUUCGACAGGAGCGGAGGAGUCGCUCCCGAGGGCUCCCUAUCUGCACUCUGCAGCAGCAGAGUGCACGACUAGGGAGCGAGGUGGGGUAGAUCGCGGGCCGUUGUACAGUCCGCGGUCUACGGGUCUCCGCGGCGUGCUCGUCGUGGUGACCGAGGUGGGGAAGGCCGCAGGUUGCUCCUCAACCUGCGGUAUUGGGGCAUCCGUGGCGAGGUGCUGAGCCACGGUGCCAAGUAGGUUAAGUUAGUUUUAAGUUAGCCGUAAGUUAAAAAUUACAAAAUAACAAAAAAUACAAAAAUAUAUUAGGUUUAGUCUUAGGUUAGUGUCCUAGUUGUAGAUACCGAGCAGCGGGCGGUGUAUCCUGCACCGGAGGCAUCCGCUGGCCUCGGGGGGACUAAAUACCCUCCCAAAAAGAGUGGCCGCAUCGCCUUGGGAAGCGAUGGGUGUACCACCCAUAUCGUAAAUGGAAAUGUCAGAUAUAGAGUGUGUCUUGUCUUGCGAUCCGGCUGACGCCCGGCGCUCGCAGGUAUCCGGGCCUGCGAGUGUUAAAUUGGUUACCGAAGGACGCGCAGGGGUAGGCGACCAGGCCCCUGUAGCGGAUGUGGCUACUGGAAGCACCGAUUCUAUGUCAUGUGACCCGGCUGACAACCGGCGCUCACAGGUAUCCGGGCCUGUGAGUGUGAAAUUGGCGACCGACGGACGCGCAGGGGUAGGCGACCAGGCCCCUGCUGCUGAUAGUGCUACUGGAAGCACCAAUCUUGGCACGGUCUUGAGCCAGGGGGGCUGCAGACCGUGCAGUGUGGUCCUGUCCGACGGGGA